UGGUUGUGAUAAAACGUGACAAAACAAAUAUGGCGGAAGACAAAAUUGGUUCAUUGGAAGAGGAAGCUUUGAAACGAAAAGAGCGCUUGCAGGCUUUGAAAAAGAAAACCGAGGAUAACAAAGAAAACCAAAAUGAUAGUGUUAGUACGUUACCAAAACCGAAAUUUCGGAGUUAUAAACCACAGGAUGACAGUCUCAAGGACAAAGUAUUAGAAGAUGCACAGCCAGGUAAUGUUGAAGAGGAAGUGCAAGAUCAAUUAAGCGCUGCAGUUACAAAAGUUGUCAUUGAGGAGCUUGAUAUUAGCAAUCUUGCUCCUAGGAAACCAGAUUGGGAUUUGAAGCGGGAUGUUGCAAAGAAAUUAGAAAAACUGGAAAGGAGGACUCAGAAAGCAAUAGCUGAGCUUAUAAGAGAUCGUCUUAAGCAGGAGCAGCAUGAUUGGGCUGCUGUGGUAAAUGUGGCAACCAACGAUCAGACAAAGAACCUUCCUUAAGAAGUUUUAAAUCGUUU